AUGAUGCGGUGUCUGCAGCUUCUUUCCCCUCUGCCCUGGCUCCUGCUCCUUCCUCUUCUGCCCCUGCCCCAACCUGGUCUGACCCAGCCCCAGCCCGGGACCCUCUCACCCCAAGCCAGUGCCCUGCUCCAGACCCUGGGGCUGAGUCCGCCCCCAGGGCCUCCUCCCACCCGUCCUGUCCCCUCAGUCAUGUGGCGGCUCUUCCGAAGGGGUCCAGAGGCCACAGAGACCCAAGGGUCUGAGAACGAAGGGCCAGAAAUGCCCCAGGAGCCCCAGCCCCUGCCCUGCCACGUGGAGGAGCUGGGCGUCCCCGGGAACAUCGUGCGGCACGUCCUCGAUGGCGGUGCCUCUGCCCCACCAGAGCCAGCCUUGGGCUCCCUAUGCCUGGAGAAGCCCCUUUUCUUCAAUCUUUCGUUCCUAAACCCUAAGGAGCAGCUGACACUAGUCCGCCUGGAGUUGAACUUUGGUGCCCCUGCAGACCUUGCCCCUGCCCAGGACUGGGAGCUAAGCCUGUCCCAUGCCCAGGGCCCCCAGCUGUGGGGUCGGCCCCUGCACUGGCACCACCGAGAAGUCCUGCUGAGCCAGACAGUGCCCACGUUGCAUGAUCCCCUCCAUUUUGACAUGCUGGCCUUGGGCCGGUUGGGAAAUUCCACCUUCCCCCAGAACCUGAGUCUGGUAUUGGAGCUGUUGCCUGGUAGAGACAGUGACCUGCCUAAAGGCUUGUGUACCAAACUGGGACAUUCUCUAGAGGCGUCCCUGCUGGUGGUCACCCUUGACCCACAGCUAUGCCAGCCCACCUCCAGGAAGCGCCGGGCAACCUACUUGGGCCCUCUGGACAGCCCCGACCCUCCUUGUAGGGCUCGACAACUCUACAUCAACUUCCGGGAAGUGGGUUGGCACAACUGGAUCAUUGCCCCCCGAGGCUUCAUGGCCAACUACUGUCAAGGGCACUGCUUUUUCCCCACUGCCACCAAGAUCUCCAGUUUGAACCACGCUGUCAUGCAGUCCCUGAUGCACUCUGUGGCUCCAGCCACAACACCCCCACCCUGCUGCGUCCCAGUGAAGCUCUCGCCCAUCUCUGUGCUCUUCUAUGACAACAGUGACAAUGUGGUUCUUCGGCAUUAUGAGGACAUGGUGGUUGAUGAGUGUGGGUGCCGAUGA